AUGAUAAUAACUUUAUUAAAAUUUAUAGUCAGAAUAAAUCAGAAUCUCUCCGAUUUUUUCAAAGAUUACACUUUUAUUGGAGAAGAAAUAGAGAAACAAUCUCAAACAACAUGUGAAAAAAUAAACAACGCUGCUAUUUUAGCAAUAGAAGACUGUUUUCCACAAAAAGAAUCAGGAGCUUACUCUAAAUCAUGGUGGACACCAGAAAUUAAAUCGUGCAAAGAUAUUCUCUCUUUCCACUUUAAAGAAUGGAAAAAAGAUAACUUUAGUAGAUCGCAGGAAUGCAAUUCAUUUAACAAGUACAAGCUAGCUCGAAAAAAUUUCCGCAAAAUUGUAAAAGCGGCUCACAACUUCAAAAUUAAUAAAAUCACCAAAAAUAUUGAAUCUCUUCGAAAAAGUAAUCCACUAAAGUUUUUGAACAAUAUCCAAAAAUUUAAAUCAAAUCCUAACACUAGUAUUUUUACUAAAAAACAAGAUAAAAAAGAACUUGUAGAAGAAUUUAGACAAAGCUUUAGUACCAUUCUCAACACUCCCACAAUUACCAACAACAACAACAAACACCGUCGUAUUCCACAACUCAUUGAUGAGCCUAAUAAAAUUCUUGUAUCAACUUCCGACAUCGAAACUUGUAUUCUUAAGCUUAGAUCUAAUAGAUCACGUGAUUCCUACGGAAUUACUGCAGAACAUCUUAAAUACUCAUAUAACAACAAUUUACUUACAUGGCUUUCAAAGUUUUAUAACAAUAUCUUCAUUAAUGGAGCGGUGCUGGAGUACCUAUCAACAUCUGUCAUUGUUCCAAUAGUGAAAUCCUUUAAAAAAUCUCUUGAUAAUCUCGAUAACUAUUGCGGAAUUAGUAUCAUGGCAAUUCUGACAAAGCUCUUUGAAUAUAUUAUUAUGGAAAAAUGUCCGAAAAUAUCAGAUAGCCACUCUCACCAAUUUGGCUUCAAACAUAAUAGCUCUACUCUUCAUGCAGAGUUUCUUUUUAGUGAAACAAUAAAUCAUUACAAUAACAAUAAUUCAUCAAUAUAUAUUUGUAGUUUAGAUGCAAAAUAA